AUGUCCACGUCCUCGUUCUCCUCGCUCCACGAGAUGAGCCCGCGAUGCCGUAAGCUGCACCUGCUGGUGGCAGCCACCGGUCCGCGGGAUACCUCCUGGGCCCAGGCACUCGUCGUUCGGCUGUCCAAGAACAUGCAGAUAGAGACGAGGGCCAUCGUGGAUGAUGUCGUUCCGAGGCUGACGCAAGCCAUCAUCGUCAUGGAGAACCGCAGCCUCUCGCCCGGUCAAGGAGAGCCCGCGGACGACAUCGAGUUUUACCGGCAACAGGCGUACGAGCUGGUGGAAUGGGCCGAUCUGAUGGUCUGCGUUCCGCUCGACGCCAACGGGAUGGCCAAGAUGCUCGCCGGCAUCGCCGACACCUUCCUCGGCGAGGUCCUCCGGGGGUGGAACGUGCAAAAGAGCAUCGUGCUUGUGCCCGGCAUGAGCACGCACAUGUGGUCGAACCCGACGACGAAGCGACACUUGAGCAAGCUGUAUCGAAAAUGGAAGUGGGUCCGGGUCAUGACGCCCAUCUUGUGGCAUUACGAGGGCGGCACCAAUCCGAAGCGAGUGCCGAACUGGAACGGAUUCAACGAAGUGCUCGGCAUCAUUAGGAACCAAGCGGAUCUGCUCGGCCUCGGGCGCGACGUCGAGAUGGCCACGAGCACGCCGGUCAUCGCCGAGAGCAAGGUCCCGAUACGAGCCAAGCUGCCGCCCGAGAUAUGGAUCAUCGUCCUCGACUACGCCGGAGACUGGGAGCUCGCGAAAGCGUUGGGCAUCUACACGCACCUGCCGAUGCCGCCGCCGUGGCGGCUCGAGGCGCAGCACCCCUCGGACCGGCUGAGCGUGUACGAGCAUGAGCUGGAGUGGACCGUGCUCACCGGCAACUCGGCCGCCGUCUGCAAGAAGCUGUCGCAGUCGCCGCCCAACUUUCACGACGUCUCGGCGCUCUUCGUCAAGCUGGUCAUACGAUUCGGCCUCAUCCAGGUGCUCGAGUACAUGGAAGCCAACCGACCGGAGCUGUUCAAGGCCUUUGACGGCACGACGUUGCCGACCAACGCGUCGGCCUACUACCCCCGAACCGACGUCCUCGACUACUGGAGGCAGAGUCGCUGGUUUCGGGACAAGCACACGUACGACGCCGAGGCCAUGGACGGCGCGUCCAAGAACGGUCACGUGCCGGUGCUGGACUGGUGGUGGCGUCGUUCCGGCCUUCCGCUACGGUACACGGAAGCGGCGCUGGAGCAGGCGAGCGGAAAGGGCCAUCUACUGGUGCUCGAGUGGUGGCGCGACGCGGCGGCCCAGGACGAAACAGUGGUGCUGCGGCCGGGCCGUUCGCUGUGGUGGGCCACCCAGCAUGGCCACGACGACGUGCUGCGAUGGUGGGACGCGUCGGGCGUGCCCGUGGCUCACGGCGACGCCGUCGCCAAGGUGGCCAGCCGCUGGGGUCACGUCCACGUGCUCGAGACUUGGAGACGGCUCAAGGGGGACAACAAGCUCGUGUUUGACGCCGAGGUGCUCAUCAGCUCGACGAUGCACCAGCACGUCGACGUGCUGGAGUGGUGGCGCAGGUUCGCUCACGGGGAGUUGGAAGGCAUGGACGGACGAAAGCAGCUCGUCGAGUUCCGGACAUGCAACAUCGAAGAGGCUCUCGAGGACAGCAUCGGGGACCAGACCAAGGUCCGGAGGUGGUGGGCUCGGUACGGGCUGGACCUGCGAAUGCGGAACGAAGAGUGGAUGCAGACCAGAUAUCUGUGA